GAGCCGUGCGGACGCAAAUUUUCUCCGUCGAUCACAACACCAGCAACCUGCGCCUGGUAGUCCACCGCAACUGCAGCAGUAGUAGACUACCUGAUUGAUCGGUGUCUUCAAAGCCAUCGAUCGGCGAGUGUAAACGGUAAUAGUCUCCGAACGGUUAGUGGCGGUUUCCAGCAGGCUAGGGCACGCGCGAUGCGGUGUAAUCGUGACUGUUAGCGUGAAUUAUUGGUGGAUCGUUUCUAGUUUGUAUUUGGGAAAGGUAGAGCAAUAGUUUCGGGCUUCUAAGUCUACGUCUGCCCUGCGCCUGCGUUUUUGGAAACACGAAACUUCCCCACACGCAGCAACCCGCAACGGCCCUGCUAGGAUGGAUCUUCGAGCAAGCGCAGAGUCGGGCCACAACAACGAGCUGACGAUGACGGAGGAGCGCAAGAUCACGUCCACCCCGGUGAUGGAAUUUUAUCGCGACAAGUGUGUACUGAUCACCGGAGGUACCGGCUUUAUCGGGCGCUUGCUGAUCGAGAAGCUGCUUAGAAUAAACGUCAGACAGAUUAUUCUACUUUCCCGACCGAAGAAGGGCAAAACGACGCAGCAGCGUUGCGACGAUCUGUUCAGCAGCAUCGUCUUUAUGAACCUGAAGAAAGACUGCCCUACGUUCAUCGAGCGUGUCAAGCUGGUCGAUGCGGAUCUGCAGCACCCGUCCCUCGGCCUCUCGGACGAAUCGAUCGAGUACAUCGUGAACAAUGCGCAGAUAGUGCUGCACGCCGCCUCGGACGUCCGCUUCGACCAGGCGCUCAAGAAAGCGAUCGAGGUGAACGUGCGCGGCACGCGCGAUCUGCUGCGCAUCGCGGAGAAGAUCGUCAAUCUGGAGCUGUUCGUGUACAUCUCGACCGCGUACUCGAACUGCCCCCAGGGACUGAUCAAGGAGCAGUUCUACACGCCACCGUCCGAGCCGGAAAAGAUGAUCCAGCUGGUCGAGGCGAUGGACGAGCGGUUCGAGGAGCACAUGAACAAAACGGUGAACGAUUUCAUUCACCCCUGGCCGAACACGUACGUCUACACGAAGGCACUCACCGAGGACGUGGUGCGGCAGUACGGCGAGCUGCUUCCGAUCGCCGUCGUUCGACCAUCGAUUGUGAUUGCUACUAACGAGGAACCGAUCGGUGGCUGGACCGACAACAUCUACGGGCUGAACGGUGUGAUUGCGGGCGUUGCGCUUGGCAUCAUUCGCAUCAUGCACGUGGACGACAACAACAAGGCGGACAUCAUACCGGCGGACAUAGUCGUGAAUACGGUGCUGGCCGCCGGCUGGCAAACCUACGUAGAACGGAAAGGCGAUCGACCGCUGCCGGAGGCCAAGUCGAACGGGGAGCUGAAGGGUGUGGCCAAACCGCGCACCAAAAUUUACAACUGUGUCACCGGAAACGACAAUCCCAUCUCGUACCAAAAGAUCUACAAGUACUCGAUCGAGGUGGGUAAACAUUGCCCGCCGAAGAAAUCGCUCUGGAUCGUGUGUCACAACACGACGACGAACAAGUAUUUGUAUGAGUUCUACAAAGUGAUCUACCAUCUGCUGCCUGCACUGUUGAUCGACACGUACCUGCGAGUGAUCAGACGCACACCGAGAGUUAUGGACCUUUAUCGAAAGGUGCACAAAUUCGCCACAGUCAUCGAAUACUUUGCCAACGGACGAUGGACAUUCGAGAAUGACAAUUUGAAAUCUCUGAGAGAAAAGCUGUCCCCAGACGAUCAGAUUAUGUUCCAGUGCAACAUUCAGAAGAUUGAGUGGGCCGACUACUUCUGGACGUACAUUCAUGGGUUGCGCAAGCACAUCGCCAACGAGCCGCUGGAGAACCUGGACGAGGCGAUCAAGCGCCACAAGCAGAUGCGGAUAGUGCACUACUUCAUACUGGCCGCUUACUACUCCAUCUGGGCGCUGCUCAUCUUCUACCUCUGCAAGGCGGUUGGGAUGUUAGUCUUCUAAAGCUAGUUGAUCGAUAGCAUCUCGUCGAUCAUCGUAGGACGUGAGUUUGUCUGCAGUUUGGUCCUCCCACAAACACGCGCUAUAGAAAAAUGGAAGCAAUUUUGCAGAUGGCUUCCUAUCGGGGAUGGGUCGGGAAAUUAUGAAAGGUAAAGAAAGCCAUUUUUUGCUGAUGCUUGUAUGCGUGUCAUACACUCCAUGUGUCUGUAUGUUGUACAAAUUCGAUGCGAAAGAUACGGCGCAUUUUGUUAGUGCUUGGGGUUUUGCUCUGCUUGAAGGCAGGGAUAUUCACUCAAGAUUCACGCUAGAAUGACGUAGUAGACAUCGAGUGUUACUACUCAAUGCUUUUUUCAUGUAAAUAGAAAAACAAACAACUGUUAGAAAGAUAAUAAAAUAAAGUACAUCUUACGGUAAAAGGAA